GUUUGAACGAUGGCAACCCCUUCAAAAGGAAAUCAGCCAAGAAGAUCUACCGGAAUCUUUGGUGAUUGAAGAUGACCUUCAUUCCUUCACUGAUCCUUCAACUCCCCGUCCUCACUGUGAUAAUUCAGUUUGCAUAGUUGAAGAGCCAGCAAAGGCAGCACCAUCUGAGGCAGCAGUAGAAAAUGAUAGUACAAUGCCUAGUACAGUUUCUUUCACCUACACUAGCACAGAUCCAAAGUCCAGUGAUGGUUGCGAACUUGAAAGCUUCUCUUUCAAAGAAAGCAUAAUCAAUGACCCUAUGAAAAACAGCAUGGCUAAGAAAUCACACCAAGCUCCACAAGCUACAGAGCCAUCUUAUCCUUUUCCUGUAUUUCCCACUGUUCCUGACUUGCGGGUGGAUAUAUCUCAAGCGAUAGUUGCGAGUCAGUCAGAUAAAUACAGGUCAAAUACCAAUCCACAAAGUCUAGGUGUAUACCAGGACGAUAGGAAGCACUGUGUUCGUCACUCUCAGCUUGCAUGUGAUGAUUUUAAUGACUAUUAUACCAAAAUGCUGAGUGCUAAAAAGACGCAGUCUCUGCAGGAGCCCCCGCUCUGUAGUUCCUGUUCACAGUCGAUGAUGCAAUAUGUCUCUGCAAUCCAGACACUUAUCCAGCAGCUCAGUGUAGACAUUAUUGUGAAAGGCAAAGACCCUCCAGACUGUAGCUGGUGUGCACGGGAGAAACUUGCAUCCUUUCAAAAAACUUGGGUUCCUCCUCCAUUGGGAGGUGACUCUUCAGUGGUAGCCAACAGUCUUGACCAUAAGGAUGCUAAGCAUCCCACGGGCUUGCAUAAUCGGCAGGCAAAUACUGCUUCACCAGAAGCUCAUGCAUGGCAGUGUCCAGAGUCAACUUCGUCAAUGCCUGUGCCAUACUCCAUUUCUACUCAGAACUCCAACAACAACAACAACAAGAGGCAUUCUGAACUCUUGUAUUCAGCCGAACCUGUACAGAACUUUCCAGACAAUGGAAAGUUUCAUAGUGAAGGCACUGCUUCAUUUCACUCUCAGCCUCCGAGUUUGCCUGCUGGCCAGGUACCAGACAUGGCUGUACCCAUGAACAGUCUUGCUAUAAAUCUGCUGAGCAGUGCCCUCGUUCCAACUGGUUCGGAGCUGUCAAAUGUGCCUAAGCAAGAUGAGCUGAGCCUUUGUGCUCCUCAGCUUCCAGAAGUGCAAUAUGUCAUAUCUCCAGAAAAUGGCUUGUCACCUGCAACUUCACAAUGCAAUGGAGGUGUCGUUGAGCCUUCAAAAAGUGAUGAGGUCAGAUUAAGUGCUCAUUUCACUGAAAGUGGAGAACUCCUGAACUUGGUCAAGCGACCUUCAGAGCUCCAGCUUCAUAACCUUGGGUCAAACGUCCAAGAAAAUCAGGCAGGCAGUGAAUUACCUCCAGCAGAACAUAGUGGGGUUAGACGGAAGUCAUCUCUUAGUUCAGAUUGGAUGACUGAUCUGGUCCAGCCGCUUAUCCCAGAACCAGCGGUGCCAAGUGUGCAACAUGAAGCUUAUGUUACCAUGGCAAACAAUGACCUCAGUGCCAUGCUAUGCCUUGUCUUGGGAAACUCACUGUGGCUCUCCAAAACCUCUCGGUCUCUUGUCGUCUUGGUGACUGAUGGAGUGUCUCAUGCAUUCAGACAUCUACUGUCAUGUGUCUUCAAUGUGGUGCUCUCGGUCCGUUCUCUUGGGACUCAAGGUACCACGAAACUUGCUCUCUUGGAACAGCCAGACAUCGGCGUGUCAUACACCAAGCUGCACGCUUGGCGGUUGACACAGUUUUCAAAGUGUAUUUUCUUGGAUGCAGGAAUGCUGGUUGUUCAAAACUGUGAUGAGCUGUUUGAACGUGAUGAGCUGUCAGCUGUACCAGAUAUUGGCUGGCCAGACUGCUUUAAUAGUGGUCUGUUUGUGUAUGUACCAUCUAUGGAAACUUUCUGGGACCUCAUCAGCUUUGCUGAACGCCAAGGCAGCUUUGAUGGCGGAGAUCAAGGCUUGUUAAAUACUUAUUUUCGAAAUUGGUCUUCCGACAUAAAUCGCAGAUUGCCAUUUAUCUACAAUCUUAUGGCAAAUGUCUGCUACACCUACAAGCCUGCAUUUAGGCAGUUUGGUCGUAAUGUCAAAGUGGUGCAGUUCCUUGGUGGAUACAAGCCAUGGAACGUGAAAUUCCAUCCUCCCACAGGCACGUUGUCACCUGCUGCCAGUGUACACCCAACAUAUGCCCAGUUUGUUCAGUUUUGGAUUCAGAUAUUUGUCAAGAGGGUCCUUCCACUCUUCUCUUUGACCAUACAGAACAAGGUCAACGAGCAGCGCUACACUUGUGCUCUGGACAUUCUGCAGCACUUCCCAUCGUUCCUUGUGGCUGAGCCAGUGGCGUACCUUCCUGCACCAUCUCUUCGUACACACCCCAAGCCCAUCCUCUACCUCCCGCCAGGGCCGCGCACUGCUCCUGAAUCGACUCUCGAGACAUCUCCUCCAGACCCCGUAGCUGUUGGCACAGAGUCUGGAGUUCCUGAGGGAGCAGUGGAUCCAGAUCAUGGUGUUGAACCCGAUAAAAAUAGUGCCUCUGUUCCAGCUGCACAGAGUGUAAGCACAGUACCUAAAGAGAAAGACCUACCAAAGUAUUUGCCUUUAGCAGUAGAUGACAACUGCAACAUUCUACCCGAAGUCAGUGUGGAACCCAAAACUGUUAAUGACUUGUCGGGAAUGCUGGCGUGGGAGCAAGGCCGUGCAGACUAUAUGGGCGAGCACUGCUCAGAUAACAUCAUGGCAAAAUUGGAUGAACUCAUUGGCCCCGGUAUCCUGACCAAGUAGAACAUAUCAAUGUAGGCUGUAUUUCGAUGCCACACUUUAGCCAGUAAACAUUAAAUCUCGCUGUCAUAUUUACUAUUUAGCGAUUUUAGAUAUAUUUUUAAAUAUGACUUGUAUAGUGUACCCUUAAAGUUCAAAUGUGUAAUGCUGAAUUCCAAUGACGGAGUCAGAGCAAAUCUUUCUGCUUCAUUUGGAACACGUGUGUUCCAAUGAGAAAGUCAGAGCAAGAGUCACUCCGUGGAGCAGGAAAAGUCGCUCCGCCAAAAUCGGCUCUGUGGACGGAACUUGGCCUGAUAUCCUUUAACACACUUGACUGCGUGGGGGCGCUGCCAUUAGCCACUUGUUUUGGUGGUACAGAUGACAUGGAGGAAUCUGCAAAUUGGGUGGAAUUGCUUCCACUUUCGAAUAGCGACAGCUUAGAGUCAGAAAAAUGUUCCUGCACAAGCGAUUCAUCAGAUAGUGACAGUGACGCUGAAACUGCCACGCACAAGUGGGAAUUCGAGAUAAUUUGGCAGCAAAGAGAAUAAUGUAUGCAAGGUACUCUGCGCAACUUGCCAUUCAAAAAAUAGACCCUCUAUUACUAUAACACAUACAGCGGCAUGUAUUAUAUUCCAAUCAUUGAUCUGUAGGUGUUGCUAUACACCAUAGUCGGGUGCUCGCGUGCAAAGUCCGUCGGCUGCUCCGACUCUGCUAUUAAAAUUCAACAUAAAUCAAGUGCAUUUGAGCUCACUUUUAUCUGCAACUAUUGUAACUGCUACAGGUCUGAGACUUGUUCAAAAUGUUUCGUUGAAAUAAUGUUAUUGUGCUGCUGUUCUUUAAACACCACCUUCAUAAUGCUUCAAAAAAGUAAAUGCUAGUGCUCGUCUCAAACUAUUUAUAUUUUGCCUUUGCAGCAGUUGUGUUUCAUUAAAGGGGCCCAAUAUUGUCCUUUUAGAAACAUUGUGCAUGAACAUCAUGGAAAUUGAGGCCUUGGUUCAUAGUUAGCAAUACACUCAAACCUGAAUACUGUAAUGAACACCGUUAUAUUGAAAUAUUGGUUAUAAUUAGAGACCAGAUUAUAGGCAAAUGCCUAUUUUGUUUCUUGCAUUCCUAUCAGGCCGCCUUGAUAUGUGAGCAUGAAUUAGAGGUUAAGAAAAGCUUUAAUAGUGUUUUUAUAGUGCCUAUAAGUGCCUAUUUUGAGAAUUGGCAUCUAUAUGAACGCUAUUUAACCUGAAAUUUUGCUUUCGAGUACAGUUGUAGACCUCUAUUCAUGUUAACAGGCAUAUUUGAGCUUUCGGAACUCUAUGGGGUGCAACCUAUACUCCAUCUUACAAGUUCCUUCCUACACUGUCAAGGCUACAAAUUCUCUUAGCUAAUAUAAAGGCCGAUUACCCUCUACACAUGUAUUCGACCGCAUCGCGCCGUCUAGUCGGCGUCCCCCCCCCCCGGCAUUUUCUCACAUGCGUAGGGAGCAAGGAUGUGCUUCUGUGCAGCCGCAGGAUGAUGCAGAAUGUAUGCGAAACUGUGGAGUGUCAUCAGGAGAAAGUAGAAUGUAGAUAAAAAAAGAUGUUUACAUGGUUUUUAUUUUGUUUCUCAUUUACUUUUUAAUGGGUGCUGCACUAGGUCAUAUGAGAAAUUUUACUUACGUACUGGAAGUUGUUGCGUGCCCAAUCAAAAGCUUUGUACCACUAAAAAUUUUAAUUGAGUCAUCACAAGCCGUGAAAGCAUGAUGUGAGAAUGUGAGCUUGAAGCCUUUGCCACUCGGCCGGUGUAGAUUUUGCAAGCCAAAUUUCUUCAGUGCCCUCUUCAGUAUUGGAUCAACUCGGAGCCGGAAGAUCACACGACGCAGGAACAUCAACACGUCAUGUGCACGCAAGGUUGUAUUCGCAUGGCAUGACCAUGUCAGGUUGAGCACACAAGCGGUGUUGUGUCGUUAUGGCAUUCUCUGUAUUGUACUGUCGGUUUCUGUGGGUUGGAUCUCUCUAUGCGCACACGUUUGGAGAGGCUGGCAUGGAUCAAGAAUGCCUACCACGAUACACAGCAUUGCACCGCUGGAACUGCUUCUGGGACAAUGCACCGAAGACGCACCGAGCAUUGCGAAAGCUGGUACCAGCAUGAUGCGAGAAUGGCAAGAACACCAACACAAACAAAAUGAGUCUCGCUCGAUACGAAGUUAAAAAGAAUUAUUCACAUAGAUUCUGUUUAUAUAUUUUAAUAUUUUGUCAACCUUCAUAGGCAACAGAUUGCACAAAUUACUUAUGUUACCUGUAAUAAUUCUCUCAAUUUCGCGUACUACUUUGACGUACACAAAAUCAUUCCUUGUAUACGUCGUCCUCCAUCAUGUUGGGGCACAUGCCUGUGAGAUGCAGGUCAAGCAUUCAGUUUGACAUUUUACCUCUUUCUGGGUUGCAUAGCAUUGCAAAUCCUGGAAGAUGAGAUCGUGAGUUCCCAGUGCAUGCAUUCCCAUUGAGUGCUAUAAAUUCUCAAAACCUUGUAAUAGGCCCUGAAGGUGUUGACAGAAGAAAAAUUGACCCGGUGUGCUUAGACCAAGUUAUUGAUUGAUAUGUGGGGUUUAACGUCCAAAAACCACUACACGAUUACGAGAGACACCAUAGUGGAGGGCUCCUGAAAUUUCAACCACCUAGGGUUCCUUAACAUGCACCCAAAUCUGAGCACACAGGCCUACAGCAUUUUCGCCUCCAUCGAAAAAUGCAGCCGCCACAGCCGGGAUUUGAUCCCGUGACCUGCAAGUCAGCAGCAGAGUACCUUAGCCACUGGACCACCGCGGCGGGGCGGUUAGACCAAGUUAAUACGAGGCAAAAAUACCCUUCUGGCCUCGUAGCGUUCUGGCUAUUUUGCUCCUGUGUUGCCCUUCUCAGCCAUGCCGAAAUGACAAAAGACCCAGGAGCGUGUUUAUUAGACGGUGGACACUUAACUUGCCACGAUGGACUAAAAAAGGAGUGAUCAUAUUCUGAAAGCCCUGCGAGAGUAAAAAUUUCAUAACUAUGCUGAACCAUUCACGCCUUUGUACCUUCAUAAACUAAAACAUUUGUUUGCUUUUCCUGUCAUAAAGAUUCCACAUGUAUUUUUUAGAAACUUUUUUUUUUCAAUUUUGUCAGUUUAUUGUGCCUAUAUUUACGAUUUUGGGGACCUAGAGCAAUGUUUUUGCCCACCUAUCUUUGGCACCUAAAACAGUUUUUUUUAGUGCCUAUAAACCCGGCUGCUAGUAAUAACGAAGUAAAUGAAAAAUACCCUUGCAAUAGUGUUAUAACAAACUUGUGUUUUUGUAAGGUGCUACUUUGUUAUAAUGAGGUUUGAGUGUAGCUGUGAGCAUAUAUCUUCACUGUUUGCUUAUGCCAUGUUUUUAGGUGCAUAGGUAAACAUUUUAUACUGUUAAUCGGUAUGCUUGUGUGAAAGCUUUGCUUCCUUCCUGGCCUGUAUACUGUUAUCUGCGACAGUGUCCAGUUUUUGUGGCUUCUUUCUGCGGUAGUGGGUUUUGGGAUAGAACAUUUUUGCUCCGUUUCCAAACAGUUACAGCAGUGUAAUAUUCAUUAUGCUAGACCUAUCUGAAGAGAUAUAAAGGCAGUCACUAUUAACUAGACCUUCAAGCAGUCUUCUAGUAUUCAUAUUAAUCAAUAAAAUGUUCAGCCACAA